AUGGCCCUUUGCCGAAGGAGGAGGCCGAACGUGCCGAGCGUGGUGGCGACAAAGGAGGCAAGGGGGAGGCUGCAGAGGUUGCACCGAAGGCGAAGACAGCAGGCCCGCCUCCUGCACGGCCGCCGCCCAAGGCUGGAGGAGGCCGAACGUGCUGAGCGUAGCGGUGACAAAGGAGGCAAGGGGGAGGCUGCAGAGGUUGCAGGGAAGGCGAAGGCAGCAGGCCCGCCUCCUGCACGGCCGCCGCCCAAGGCUGCUGCAGCAGAACCCUCGAAAGCCGCUCCGCCGCCACCACCAAAGGGAGCAACAGCAACGCCUGCAGACGCAGGAGCAGCACCAGCAGCAGCAGCAGCAGCGGAGGAGGUUGUGUAUGGCCCUUUGACGAAGGAGGAGGCCGAACGCGCUGAGCGCGAAGGUGACAAAGGAGGCAAGGGGGAGGCUGCAGAGGUUGCAGGGAAGGCGAAGGCAGCAGGCCCGCCUCCUGCACGGCCGCCGCCCAAGGCUGCUGCAGCAGAACCCUCGAAAGCCGCUCCGCCCCCAGCACCAAAGGCAGCAACAGCAACGCCUGCAGACGCAGGACCAGCAGCAGCAGCAGUGGGCGAGGAGGUUAGGUUGCAGGGAAGGCGAAGACAGCGGGCCCGCCUCCUGCACGGCCGCCGCGCAAGGCUGCUGCAGCAGAACCCUCGAAAGCCGCUCCACCGCCACCACCAAAGGCAGCAACAGCAACGCCUGCAGACGCAGGAGCAGCAGCAGCAGCAGCAGCGGAGGGUGUUGUGUAUGGCCCUUUGA